CGUUUAGCACUCCCUAAGGGCGGUGCUAGGCAUUCCCUGACACUUUCCAAAUAGCUGUGUGGGGCCCCAGUCCAGUUACCCUUCGUCACCCCAUGACCCCAGACGUUCCUGGUUGCUGAUUGGCUGAGGGUCUCCCAUAGGCUGGCUAAGCAGAGAUCCACCAAGAUCCAGAACUCUCUGUCCGCGAGUCUGAAUAAAUCUGUAGUGAUGGAUAAGAAACAGAUGACGGAGAGAAUCCUGAAUCUCACCCUGGAGAUCAUCUAUGUACUGACUGGAGAGGAUUAUGUGGUUGUUAAAAAGCAGAGUGACAGUGCCACAGACUGCAUCAGCCUUUGUGGAUCCGAGAAAUCACAUUCUGUAGAUUCACCACCGACCCCAGUACUCAAUGAACAGAACAAUGAUCAGAAGAUUCUGGAACCCACCAAUAAACUUCUACACUUCCUUACUGGAGAGGCUCCUGAAAGGUGUGAGGAUAUAACCGUCCGAUUCACUAUGGAGGAACAAGACUGUUUGGAGGAGGACCAGAAGGAUUACAGGGAAGUGGUGAUUGAGAAUCCCCAACAUCUCGAUUCACAGGACAGAUCAGGUACCAGAAAUCUUACAGAGAAACGCCACAAGCCACCUCUAAUGCUGAGCAGUACUGAGCGAGAACACCCCAUCAAGCAGCACUACCCGAUGGAUCGAAGAGAUGGAAUGUUUAGUAUGCAGUGUAAGGAGGAGGAGAAUCCUGCCGACAUUAACACUGCAGGCGGUGACACUCAGAAAGACAGAAGCUGUAAUGUGGAGGACUUUCAGAAGAGAAUUUGUGAACAAACCAGUUCAGAUGGAUUAAGUAGCAGCCGUGUAUCAGAAAGAUGUCACAACCCUCAUUUUUCACAAGAUUAUAUUGAGGACGAUGAUGGAAUUUCACAGGAUUUUCAGAUGGUGCAAGGAGACGGGAUGUUCCACCUGCCGUGUAAAGAGGAGGAAAUUCCCACCGAGAUUAGCCCAGCAGAGGAUGAGUCUAUUCACUGGGAAUCUCCGGCUGAAGGACAUCCCGUGUUUUCUGUUUCGGAAUCAAUCUCAAAGAAUAGUAACAUGAUGGGGAACGAGCCAGAAGACAUCUUUACAAAUCAAAGUCCACCUGGCCAGAGUCUGAGAAAACCUACAGCCAUUCUGGAAAACCAUCCAGGUUUACAUAAUGAAUUUCACCUAACAAACUCUCACAAAGAGUUACUCGACCAUUUAAAUGCAGCCGCACAUCAGACACUUCACAGAGAGAAACUGGGGAGAAGUUUACUUUUUAAGUCGAAAACUGUACCUUUCCAGAAGAGAGGAAGAAGACAAUAUGUGUGUCCUGAUUGUGGCAAGAGUUACAAAGAUAAUGCAUACCUUCUCAAACAUCAGAGGGUGCACACGGGAGAGAAACCAUUCUCUUGUUCGGACUGCGGAAAAAGUUUCACUCACAAAUCGACUCUUGUGAAACAUCAGCGACUUCACACAGGAGUAUUUUCCUGCUCAGACUGCGGGAAAUGCUUUUCUGAUAAGACAGGUCUCAUAAUUCAUCGGAGGAUUCAUACAGGAGAGAAACCCUUUGUGUGCUCUGAAUGCGGGAGACGCUUUACCCAAAUGCCGCACCUUGUCGCCCAUCAGAGUACCCACAAGAGCAACAGGCCAUUUUCAUGCGCUGACUGUGGGAAAUGCUUUUCAAUUCGCUCAGUUCUAGUCGCACACCAGAUGGUUCACACACGGGAAAAAACAUUCGCUUGCUCUGAAUGUGGGAAAUGUUUUGCACAUAAGUCAGGCCUUGCUACGCACCAGAGAAUUCACACAACAUAAUGCAUAUCUUAAGGUUUUUUUGUUGCUCUUGUGCUUAUAUAGUAAUAUAUGAAUUAAAAUAACAAAGAUUUGACAAUGAGUAUAUUUCAGAAGGGCCAAAAAGGUAUUAACAACUUGUUUUAAUUAUGUUUUUAGCAGGAUAAUAGAAACUCUGUAAUAAUAAUUAUAUAUUUAUCACCAAUUUUAGCACAUGCUCUCUAGCUGAACUGAAUAGGCAAUUAUUUAAAGGAACACACCAAACACCAUAACCACUUCACACAAUGCCA